AUGCCAAAAAGAAGCGCACAGUCGAAACUCGAACACUAUGCUCGAAAAAUACGUAAAAUCAAGGAAAAAGAAAUUCAAAGACGAAGAAUAAGGCCUUUACAACUAUCAUCGUCAGAAGACGAAGGUACCGAAGAUCUUAACGUGACCGUGGGCAACAACAACGAACCCAUUGUGGAACCAAUAUCCGUGCUACAUGAUAUUUCGCACAAUGUGGAUCCGGUACCCGAUGAUAAUCAACGUGACGGCUAUAUGGAACCCUGUCCUCAAGAGGAAACCAAUAGUUCCGCAGAACCCGAGCUAGAUCCUGAUCUACUGUCAGCCCUCGGUGAAUCCACGUCGGACUCACCUGAUUAUGGAGAUGAUAUUCACGGUAAUUUAUCACAAUUGUGGCUUCCUUUGCUUAAGAAAGGAAUGCCUAUACCUAGUAAAGACAUCUUAAUUAAGGAUUACCCUAUACCAGACAAUUGUAGACUUUUGCAAGCGCCGAAAUUGAAUGCAGAAAUCUCGGCGGCAGUACCAGACAUGGUUCGCAACCGGGCCAAGACACUUACAGCAUCUCAACAGCAGCUCGGUACGGGCAUCACCGCCAUCAACAGAGGCAUGGACCUGCUGCUGAAGAGUGAUAACAAGGUUUUAGCCAUGAAACACUUGAGCAAUGGUUGCCGCCUACUUUGUGAUUCACACUACUUGACAACGCAGGCACGAGUAAAAUUAAUCACUCCUAGCUUGGACAAGGCCUUCUUAAAUAUUGUUAAAGAGUCCGAACGGGACGAGUCACUAUUUGGUUCGUCCUUGUCUGAGAAAAUUAAAGCCGCCAAAGCCAUUGAGAAGCAAGGCCUUUCCAUUAAAAAGCCUGCAAAAACUGCAAAGCCACCUCAACAGCCCAGCGCCCGUCCGUCCUACCAGGGAAACUGGAGCCAGCCCCCUCGGUAUCCGGCGAACAGGGGGGGGGCGGAGUUCAUACAGGAGGCCGACGACGGCAGCGAGUCGCCGCCCCUACACUUCACCAGCGCAGCCGCCACAGCGUGCCGCGGCGCACGACAAACCUCGGGCGCCCGCGCAGUCUCACCGUUGACGCAGGUACAUGCGGGUAGACUUACCCACUUUUAUGAGCGAUGGUGUAAAAUAACAAACAAUAAUGUAAUUCUUGAUUGGUUGAAAAACGGCUAUCCCAUACCUUUUCACACGCAUGUGAGUCAAUCAAUAAUACCUAAAAAUAAUCUAUCAUAUACUGAAAAAUCAGAUAUGAUAAAAGCCAUUAGUAAACUAAAGUCAUUAGGUGCUAUCUCAGAGUGUAAUACGACUAAAGACCAAUUUAUAUCUAAAAUAUUCCUCACGAGGAAGCCUAACGGCGAUAACCGCUUUAUAUUAAAUUUGAAGUCAUUAAAUAGAUUAAUAAAAAAACCAACAUUUUAA